CAUCCGCUCUGCCAUAACCGGAACUAAACAAAAUAACAGAACCUUAACCGGAAUACUUUUAACUUGUUACUGGAAGCUGAUAGGUAGCCAUCACUGCGAAGAUGGUGUGUUUAAAGGCCCCUCUCAUUGCUGCACUGCUUCUCGUUAUUGUAGAAGGAGAAAAAUGCAAGAAAGGAUAUUUCACGUGCAAAAGUGGCAAAUGCAUUCAAGAGAAUUACCAUUGUGAUAAGUUCCCCGACUGUGAUGAUAAUUCAGAUGAAGAAGGCUGCCAAAGAGUUUGCGGAAACAUUAAGAAACUGAGGAAAGGCAAAAUUGUUCAUAUUGGGAGCAAAACCAUCCAUGGAAUUUUGCCAGGAGGUCUCUCUAGAGCGACUUGCAGGAAAGGGUAUCGUCUUGUUGGAUCGAAAAAAAGAGUUUGUCAAGAGGAUGGGAACUGGAGCGGAUUUAAACCCAAAUGCAUUUCGAGGAAAAGUCGACGUGUUUAUUGCUCCGUACCAAAAACUUUGAAAAAUGGGAGAAUUAAUGGUAACAGCGUGGCAGAGUCUUCCAUAUUGAAUUAUGAGUGUGACAAAAACUUCGAAAUUACGGGACCAACAUCAAGAGUCUGUCAGUCAAAUGCGAGAUGGUCACAAGACGAUCCUUUUUGUGAACCAAAGUACUGUACACAUCCAGGAAAAAUUCCAAAUGGCGUUGCGUUGGGUUCCGUUCUUCUGGCAGGUUACUCACUCCGUUUUGUUUGUAAUCCUGGGUUCACUUUGGUUGGUGAAAAGACUAUCAAGUGUCAAAAGGGCGGCUCAUGGGAUGCCCUGCCACCCAGAUGCAUUUUAGAAGAUGAAGCACUGAAAGUGGAUGCACAAAGACUCAAGAAAACAUUCGUUAACAGGCUGAAGCUGCUUACUGUGGAUGGUCGAGGGAGAUCUGCCGGCUUCUCUUCAGCUGCUAGGGGCAUUGAUUUGAUAUUUCUGAUAGACGUCUCGGAUAGCGUUGGGCGAAAGAAUUUCGAAAGAUCCUUGGAUUUUGUUGAAAGUAUGGUUGAAUAUUUUGGAAUAUCAUCAAGCGAGAAAGGAACCCAUGUUGCCUUGAUUGUGUUUGCCAACGAAGCUAAAAUCAUUUUCAACCUCAAAGAUGAUCGGGUUUACGAAAAAAAAAUUGCCAAGGAGGAAUUAGCAAACCUUAAAUUUUCUGGUGGCGGUACUGGAACAAGACUGGCGCUUGAUACAGUUAGACUGAACGUCUUGCCACAGACGAGGAAAUUCGCUAAAAAGGUCCUGUUCCUUAUCACGGAUGGAAAUUACAACAUUGGAGGAGAUCCUGCACCAAAUGCGAAGGUUUUAAGAGAUGAUGGGGUCGAGAUUUUCACAGUUGGUGUGUCCGGCUUUGUUUCUAGAGAAGGCCUGGAGGAGCUUGCAUCCCUCCCUUUCCAAAGGCAUAUCUGGAUGAUCAAGGAUUACGAAAUGUUUGGUAAACUAAAGAAAUUGGUGAAUGAAAGCUUUGUUGAUUAUACAAGUUGUGGUCAAGGUGGCAAUACAAAGAGUAAAACACCUAAAAAGACGGCAGAUAUCACUGAUCACGGGGCUUGGCCUUGGGUUGUUACUGUAGAGGUUGAUGGAGAGACGCGAUGCGCAGGAAUUCUAGUGGACGCAAGCUGGGUUUUGACCGCAGCCUCCUGUUUGAAAUCCGCCAAACCAGCCAAUGUUUACAUAGUUGCAGGAUUGAAUAGCCGAAAUAAUUUCACUGGCUCCGAGCAAAGACGAGGAAUUAGAAAAUUUUUCAUAAGUCAACGGAAGGAUGCGUCAGCUCAUCUUGCCAUGCUGAAGGUCGAAAAGAAAGUAGAAUUGAACGAGUACGCUAGGACAGUGUGCUUCCCUGAUGAAUAUGACAACUUACUCAGUGUGAGACCUUUUAAAAAUGCAUUUGUUGUUGGUUGGGGAACUAAAGAAAACCCUUACUUGGAACAGAGACAAGGGUAUGUUGAAAUCAUUGGCAACACUAGAUGCAAGGAAGCCACGCGAAGAUUUAAAAUAACUGAAAAUCAUAUAUGUGUUAAGGCAGCUUCUUCAGGAGACGCGGCUUGUGCUGCGUCCGUGGGAAGCCCUCUAUUGAUCCAAAGAUCGCGUACUGUCGGAGGAAGACGGGCAAUUUAUUCGUGGUUUCUGGCGGGUGUUGUCCAGAAGAACCGCGGAUGCCAUGGCAGAAAGUUCACAGUGCUUACUAACAUAUACAAGGCCAAAACAUGGAUAGAAGAUGUCAUUAAGAAUGAAUGAGAAAAAGGGACAUUGUUUAAUAGCGAGGAAUUGUCGCCAAAGCAGUACGAUGUGUGUAAAAUUAGACUAGUGUAUUGAGCAUUAUAUUUUUCAGUUUAGAGUUUACUAUCAAAUGUCAACAGAAUGAUUAUUUUUAUCACU